UGGAACAGGUUGAUUCGCUUCGAAGAUGGCCAUGGUCAAGAGCGAUACGGUGAACCUAUAGACAAACACCUCGACAUUGGUAUCGCAUUACACCGUGGGCAAGAUGUAUAUGCCAGGAUCCUGCAAACCGAGUCAGCAUUGGACCUCUCGGCCGUCCUAUCAGAGGAGGUUGCGCAAGUCAAAAGGGUAUUGUCACCGCUUAGACCAGAGGAAGCGGGCACGAUACGUUGCAUCGGCCUCAACUAUCGCGAACAUGCUGCCGAAAUGAAACUACCCAUCCCCAAGACUCCAACCCUCUUCCUCAAAGCCCCCUCGACGAUCAAUCACCCCUCCAGCACCAUCACCACCCCCCACUGCCCCGACUCACACGACUGUCACCUCGAUUACGAAGUCGAGCUCGCCGUCGUCAUCGGCAAGGCCUGCAAAGACGUCCCCGAGCAGGACGCCAUGAGAUACGUCCUCGGCUACAUGACCGCCAACGAUGUCACGGCACGGACGCACCAGAACGAGGUCUCGCAGUGGGAUCGCGGCAAGGGCUUUGAUGGAUUCGCACCAAUCGGGCCGGCGCUCGUGUCGGCCAGGGGGAUUCCUGAUCCGGCGGUGUUGCGGUUGCGGACGGUGCUGAAUGGAAAGGUUAUGCAGGAGGGCGCGGCGAGUGAUAUGAUCUUUACUGUGCCUAAGAUUGUGUCGUUUCUUUCUCAGGGGUGUACGCUGCAGAAGGGCACCAUCAUCCUGACUGGGACACCCUGCGGCAUCGGCGUCAGCCGAAACCCACCUGUUCGGCUCGUCGAGGGGGAUGAGCUGUUUGUCACAAUUAGUCACGGCCUUGGAACGCUGACCAACCCCAUUGCGUUCAAGGAACCCAACGACAAUGGACAUCUCACAGAUGCAAGGGCUUGA